AUGGGGCAUUUGAAAAUUUUUGAAGCCAAGAAUAGACAACUGCCCCUUGGCGAGGCUCAAAUUUAUCUGAAAGAUGAGAUUAUACAGCUUCAGAAACAACUAGAGGACCAAAUCAUAGUAAGGAGUGCACUCGAGAAAGCAAUGAAUUACUGGCCUCUCUUGGACGAUCCAAAAUAUAAAUCACUUGACCAGCCUGCUGGUGAUCUUAUCAAAGAAAUUGCUGUAUUGGAGUUGGAAGUUGCAUACUUGGAGAAAUAUCUACUAUCAAUGUAUAGGAGAAUCUUUUCGAAAAGGUUAUCCACCUUGCCUACAAUGGAUGAACGAGGAAGCGCGAAUUCAGAAACUCCUAAAUGGAUGUUACCGGAAUUUUUCAAACCUAGUUUACCGCCUUCGAAAGAAAGUUCAGUCACGUUUGUGCCACCUCAAGAUUCAGCCAACAAAUGCAAUGACAUUUUGGGAGCAGAAACACUAGUUGAUAGUGGGAUAGGCAGAAGCCAAUCAUCACUAUCUCAGCGUUCGACUUGUGCUUUCAGAACUUCUCCAUCUCAAGCUGUUGCUGAAGCUGUAGACUUGCACCAUUCUUUACCAUUAUCGAUGUUGGAGAGGGCUCAGGGCUCUACCUCAAGUGCCAGUUUAGCAGAGCAACUUGGUUCCAGUUUUCCUGAUCAUGCUCAAGAAACACCUAAUUGGCUUUCCGAGGAGAUGAUUAAGUGCAUCUCAACUAUAUAUUUUCAUCUCUCGGACUCACCUUUGAUCAAUCGUGAAUUCAGUUCAGCUAUUUCACAUUCGUCUCCAAUAAGUAAAUUUUCUCCGAGGCAAUGUGAAGACAAUUCAUGGAUGAAAAGUCCUUUAUAUAUUGGAGCAUCUAAAGAAUUUUCCGGACCUUUCUUUGCAAUGGUUGAAGUUCGAGGCAUCCUUAGAGAUAGCCAAAGACUAAAUGCUAUUGAAGACCAACUACAAAAAUUUAGGUUUCUCAUUUCUAGGUUGGCACAAGUUGAUCCCGGCAAACUGAAGCAUGAAGAGAAAUUAGCUUUCUGGAUUAAUGUUCACAACGCACUGGUGAUGCACGCAUUUUUGGUGUACGGUAUUCCACGAGGAAAUCUAAAAAGGUUUUCUCUCGUCCUCAAGGCUGCAUAUAACAUUGGAGGCCAAACUGUAAGCAUUGACGUAAUGCAGAGUUCUAUUUUAGGAUGCAGAUUGCCUCGUCCAGCUCAAUGGCUACAAUCAUUAUUCUUUCCCAAGGCAAGACUUAAAACCAGAGACUCUCAGAAGGCAUACGCAAUACAUCAUCCAGAAACUCGUCUACAUUUUGCACUCUGCUUGGGAUGUCAGUCGGAUCCAUCUGUUCGUUUAUAUACACCCAAAAAAGUGUUCCAGGAACUGGAAAUAGCGAAAGAAGAGUACAUCCAGUCAAACGUCAGGCUACAUAAAGAACAAAGAUUACUCGUCCCAAAGAAUGUUGAAUAUUAUGUAAAGGAGAUGGGCUUAUAUCCUGCUGGUAUUGCAGAAGUAAUUGAGCUUUCAAUGCUCGAUUCUUUGAGAAAGAGGCCUCAGCAAGGAAAACUAUGGAAGAAAAUCGAAUGGAUUCCUCACAAUUUUAAUUUCCGGUUCUUGCUUUCAAAUGAACUCAUCAAGUGA